AUGCGGGUGGUGCGCGCGCUGCGGGCGGGGCUGCGCGCCGCGCGGGACGGGCGGCGGCCCCCGCAGGAGCAGGAGCAGGAGCCGGUGCCGGCGGCCGUGCUGGAGCACCUGGAGCGCCUGGCGCUCGUGGACGUGCGCGACGCGGAGGGCGCGCGGCGGCUGCGCGCGGCCGUGCGCUUCGCGCAGCAGCUGCACCGCGUGGACACCGAGGGAGUGGAGCCCAUGGACUCCGUGCUCGAGGACAGGUGUCUGUAUCUCAGAGAAGAUGACGUUACCGAAGGCAACUGCGCGAAAGAGCUGCUGAAAAAUGCCAGAGAGAAAGUAGAGGAAUAUUUUGUAGCCCCACCAGGUAACAUCCCUUUACCAAAGUUAGGAGAGAGCGAGACUUUUGAGCAGCAAUCUUAAUGAAAGCCAAAGGCCAAAAUGUCAUUUUCAAUGUUCUAUUUUGGAAAAUAAAGGUUUGUGCAACCAUAGCUGAAAAACCACAGUGAAUAUUUUGUUCAAAAGAAGAACACAUGGACCACUAAAUUUUGUACUUUCCUGCUGCAAAAUAUUAAGCGUGAUUUAUUAAAAUAAAA